UCAGACAGCAGGUCAGACAGGAGCAGUCUGAACUGGUUUGCUGUUUUGAGUGGCAUUCAUGGAGCUGUUAUAUUUUUGUGUUAACCUCCUUGUUGGACUCCUUUUUUCAGGAAUCUGCAUUAGACCAUCUUUUGCUUUUCCACCAAAAUCUGAUAAGCAAUAUGCUUCACUUCAAAAACCUCAGGUGACAGAGAGCUCUGAACACACAGCGCAUCAGCAACAAAAGGCUCCAGCUGAGGAAGGAAAGCAGGUGAACACUAUUAAAGUGAUCUGCCAUCCAGACUCAUUGGAGAUUGUUAUCAAAGCUGACAUGUUUGGAGUUGGAGCACCUGUAAAUAAGGAUGAGAUUCGCCUUGGAGUGGAGCACAAUGACUAUUGUAGAGCUACAGCGUUUUCAGAAGAAGAAUACAGAAUCAUUGUUGGACUAGGGGACUGCGGCACCAAACACUGGAUGUACGACUCUGUUCUGGCCUACACAAACCUCCUCAUAUACGCUCCUGUGGCCUCUCCAGAUGGGGUGAUACGAAUGGAUGAGGCUGUAAUUCCAAUUGAGUGUUAUUAUGAAAGGAAGUACAGUUUAUCCAGUUCUUCACUCACGCCUACCUGGAUCCCCUUCAUGUCUACCCAAGCUGCAGUGGAAACCUUGGAGUUUAACUUGAGAAUUAUGACAAAUGACUGGCUAUAUGAAAGAAGUGCUAACGUGUUUUACCUCGGGGAGCCCAUCAGCAUUGAAGCCUCUGUCAAAGUUGGACAUCACAUGGGGCUCCGAGUAUUUGUGAGCAGCUGUGUAGCCACACUUCACCCAGACAUAUACUCUGUUCCCAGAUAUGUCUUUAUUGAAAAUGGGUGCUUGCUUGAUUCCCAGCUUCCAGGUUCAAAGUCUCGCUACUUAUCCAGGACACACGAUGACAGGCUCCACAUGAUCAUUGAUGCCUUUAGGUUUCAUAAUGAGGACAGAGGAGAGCUCUACAUCACAUGUCACCUGAACGCUGUACCAGUAAUGGAUUCAAAUGCACCAAAUAAGGCGUGCACUUUUGUGAAUGGAAGAUGGCGGUCAGCUGAUGGUAACAACUAUUUAUGUGGGUACUGUCGAAAUGAAGCUGGCCAAAGUAAGACCAGCAGCCCUGGCCCAUUUAGUCCUCGUGGGUUUGGGAAGCAGGAUGAACCUGAAACUUCCUGGAGGAGCAGUGUGAAGACCAAUAAAGUGUGGCACCAGGAGGCAAGAGUGGGUCCAAUGCUGGUCUUGCCAGCUAAGCACAAAAGUGGGCCUCUACCUGUGGAAGAGCUUCCUCCCAUUCUCAACAAAAUCAGCAGACCUGCACUAUAUGGCAGCAAGUGGAGAAGUGGCAUAAAUGAAAGAAGAGAUGAUCUGAAGGGACUGCUUCCUGAGCCAGCUACACCAGACCAGGUGGAGGUUCAGACUUCUGAACAGAAUAAAGAUGACAAAAGUGAAACAGAUCUAAAAGAUGGAGAUGCAGAAAGUGAAGUUGCUGCACCUCUAGAAAAGCUGUCUCUUGAGGUCACCUUGAAAUCAAAGAUGGCAGCACUGGACAAUGACACAGAAGCCCUGAGUGACAUCAGCCCCACUGCUCAGUUUACGGUGGAUGUGACGAUAUUGUCAAAUGCAACUGCUACAGAAUCUGACCUUUCAGAUACAAAUGAGCCAAAGCGAUAAUAAACAAUUUAUAACUA